UCUUACGCGAGGAAUUCUUUAAAUUUGUCUAUCGAACUGUCCGCUCUCAUGAUGCAUUUCUCUUGCCUCAGACUGAGACCCAGUUCAUGCUGCCACCAUGGUAGUAGGAGAAUAUCGUCUUUACCACUAUGAUCCCUCAUUCCCGGCAGCGGUCGCGGCCACCGCUUGUUUCGGUGUGGCGACAGGCAUGCAUUUUGUCUAUUUCGUCGCUCGGAGAACAUGGUAUUUCACGCCGUUCAUUAUAGGUGGCUUGUGUGAAACCAUCGGAUACGUCGGACGGCUAUUAAACAGUCAAGAGACACCCGACUGGACGACUGGCCCAUAUAUCAUGCAGACGCUGUUGCUGCUAGUCGCUCCCGCACUCUUCGCGGCUUCCAUCUACAUGAUCUUGGGGCGGCUGAUUCAAUUAGUCGACGGGGACUCGAGAUCGGUGCUCCGGGGUCGCUGGAUUACGAGAACAUUUGUGGUAGGCGAUGUGGUUUCUUUCCUUGCACAGGCCGGAGGUGGAGGCGUCCUUGCGCAAGCAGACACAAAGGAUAAGCAGGACCUCGGCAACUGGAUCAUAAUCGCAGGAUUAGCAGUACAAAUCGUCUUUUUCGGGCUGUUCAUGAUCAUCUCGGUGAUUUUCCACAUCCGGAUGUCGAACAGCCCUACGAAGCGAUCUGUUGAUCUGCGAGCUCCUUGGAGGCGAUUCCUCGUUGUGCUGUAUGUUGUUAGCACUUUGAUUAUGAUCCGAUCCGUCUUCCGGGUGAUUGAGUAUGUUCAGGGAACAGAUGGAACUCUGCAAUCAAAGGAGUUUUGGCUGUAUGUUUUCGAUGGGCUGUUGAUGUUUCUGGUCAUGGUGGUUUUAUUGCUGCAUCAUCCCAGUCAGCUUGUCACGAGGAGCCGACAGGGAAAGCACCAUGGAAGGAGAAAGAGGAGACGUCAUUCUGGGAGGAGUCAAUAUGUAGAAGACUCUUAUUAUCAAUAGGUCUAGAAGCAUGAGGUGGAUAAUGGUUUGGUAUAUUCAGAAUUCCACCGAAUGGAAACACCGAACAGCUCACGGGAUAUUACGAAUAACCCUCGAGAUU